AUGCUUGGUGCUGCCGUAUACAGGCGGACCGCCCCAAAGGCCAGAGACCAAUUCAACGAGGAAGCGGCCACUGGCAGGCGCAGACAAAAUGUACACCACGAAUCCUCUCGACAAAGGGAUGCAAACCUGCGAGCGCGCCGCUUGCAAGCGGAGCUCUCAGGCAUCGGACAUGGCGAACUCUCGGAAGCGGGCCUUGCGUCCCUCGGUCCAGACGUGCUUUCGGAGCGUGUUACAAAACUAGCGGCAGCACUGCAGAGCUGGCAUGAUGCAACCCCCGCGGACUUGUUGAUGUUGCUCCAACAGCUAGCGACUCUCCUUUCCACGGGUGUGUAUCAGGCGGUUCAGGCGGCGGUAGCGAGUCAGGUGGUGCCCCUACUGAUCGCAAUACUGCAGCAAGUUGAUUCGCAGCUACCCCCAGGUGCUGCCCGUACGGCAGCCUACUCUCUGGAGCUAAUUGCCAGUGACAGUCUGACGUCAGCACAGGCGGUACGACCCGCUGUACCUGCCUUGACCAACCGCCUUGGAGCAGCGAUGGCGGUGCUGGGAGCUACAGCCUGCAGCCCCAGCGGCGGUGGCGGCGAGGCAGCAGCAGCAGCAGCAGCUGUUGCCGCUGUUGGCCCCGCGGACCGCGAGGCGGUGCUGGCAGAGGCCGCACAGCUGGCGGCGCCGUUGGGGGCCCUGGCAGGAUGGGGUCAGACUUUCCAGGAGCACCUCACGGAGUCGGGUGCAGCGGGACUGUUGCUGCAGCUGCUGAUCGCGACUAUGGACUGUGCGGCGGAACGUGUGUCGCCCGCGGUGGAUGCGGCGGCGCAGGUGGUGGCGGGGGAGGCGCCGCCGCCGCCGCUGAUGGCGCCAGAUCAGCUAGCGGCGCUGCAGCACGGUCCGGAUCCGCUCGAGGUGCAAUGCUGUUCGACGGCGCUGUGGGCUGUGGGCAUGAUGGUGCGGGACCGAGGCGAUGCGGUAGCCCAGUUGGUGACACACCAGGAGCUGGUGGGGGGCCUGCGCCGUGUACUGCUGGCGCCCACACCCUACCCCGAGCUGCUUCGCGGGGUGGCCUGGGUGGUGGCGUUCUGCAGCUCGUGUGGGGGCCCCGCGGCUCGACAGGCUCUGGUAGAUAGUGGGGGCCUGCUGCCGGGACUGGUGCUCAGCACGAUGCGGUUCGCGCGCUACGCGGCCGCCCUCGCCGGCGAGGAGCCAACCCUAAGAUCCGCCACCCAGCCCCUGCACCGCGCGUUGCUACCGCUACUGCUCGCCGCAGCCAAUGUCGCCGCUGACCCCGACCAAACGCUGCUGGUUCUCUCCGAACUUCAAGCUAGCCGACCGCUUCUACUUUCCGGGGCAGGAGGUGGCCCCGGCCUCACUUCUACAGGGAUGGAAGUCCUGAUGGGUUGUCUGCAGGGCCGCGUGUCGCACCGCCGGAUUCAGGCCGGCGCUGUUGGCCUGGCGGCAGCGCUAGCCGGAGGUGCCCACAGCGCUGGGCCCGUGGCGGUGGAUGCGGUGCGGGCCGCACUGAGCGCGGCGGGUGCCGUACCUGUACUUGUGGAGCUGCUGCGCUCCAGCACCAUGGAUGUACGGCGGGAGGCCGCGGCGGCGCUGGCGCUGCUGACGGAGGGUGCGCCAGCGGCGCUGGGCAGCGAGCCACGGCCGGGGCGGCUGGCGAUGCUGCGCACGCUGGGCGUGACGGGCAAGGCUGAUGAGCAGGGCGUCUUGAAGGCUUUCCUGGAUUUGUUGCGCGGCUUUACGCCGGAUGCAGUGCACGCGGCGCUGCGUUUCGUGACGGUCGCGCUACGGGAGCUGAAGGGCGCCCGCCGACUUGUGGAAGAGCUGGAUGGGAUAGACGCGCUGGAGGUGGCGCAGGAGGGCCGCAGCGGGUUGAAUGCACCGGCGCUGCAGUUGUGGGCGCAGGAACUGGUGGACGAAUACUUUGGGAUAGACUGCGAGGAGCAGCUAGAUGAGGGGGAGGAGGAAGAUAGCGAGCAAAUGGAAGAUGGGGACGUGGAGCUGCAAGAUGCUGUCAUUGUGUAG